UAAUUCGGCACUAGAUCCGCUCUACUCAAGCCUCUAAUCUCCUCCCUUGUUAUAUCUACCUUUCGCACCCGCAGCCGUAGACGACGUGGAGUUUCAUCAAGCGCAUCCGACCGUUAGGGCUGCUGGAACAUCAUGGUGAACUUCGAAGAUGUUGAAGAACGUGACGGCGUGCGGCUGUCGUGGAACGUCUGGCCGUCGUCAAGAAUCGAGGCCACCCGCACCGUCGUCCCCAUUUCUGCUCUGUACACCCCACUCAAAGUCAGAGAAGAUCUCCCUCCUGUGCUGUACGAGCCCGUGACCUGCAAGCCUCCCUGUCGUGCGGUUCUCAACCCGUACUGUCAAAUCGACAUACGCGGAAAGCUAUGGAUAUGUCCCUUCUGCUUGCAGCGCAAUGCCUUCCCACCGCACUAUAAGGACAUCUCCAACACGAACCUUCCCGCCGAGCUCUUACCAAAAUAUACGACCAUCGAGUACACCCUGUCGCGCCCGUCGCAGGUCCCUCCCAUCUUUCUCUUUGUCGUCGAUACCUGCUUCGAUGAAGAAGAGGACUUCAAGGCGCUUCGUGACGCGAUCGUCGUUAGCCUCAGCUUGCUGCCGCCGUAUGCCCUCGUGGGGCUUAUUAGUUACGGUACAAUGGCCCAAGUACACGAAAUCGGCUACGCCGAAUGCAACAAGUCAUAUGUUUUCCGCGGAAACAAGGAUUACAGCCAGAAGCAAAUACAAGACAUGCUCGGUCUAUCGCCGCAGAACCGUGCAGCGCCACGCCCUGGCCAGCCCCUUCCACCUCAGAAUCUUGGCGCCGCACGCUUCCUCAUGCCGGCGCAGCAAUGCGAGUUUCAGCUGACCGGCGUCCUUGAGGCUCUCACGCGCGAUCCAUGGCCGGUCGCAAGUGGCAGGCGUGCCCUUCGCUGCACGGGUACCGCACUCAGCGUCGCCGUUGGGCUGCUCGAAACCGCUUUCCCCAACACGGGCGGUCGCAUCAUGCUUUUCGCUGGCGGGCCCGCGACCGAGGGCCCAGGCAUGGUGGUCACCAACGAUCUCAAGGAGCCGAUCCGCUCGCACCACGACAUCGACCGCGACAGCGCGAAGCACUUCAAGCGCGCGAGCAAGUUCUACGAGGGCCUCGCGAAGCGCGUCUCGAACAAUGGCCAUGUCGUCGACCUUUUCGCCGGCUGUCUCGACCAGAUCGGCCUUCUCGAGAUGAAGUCGCUCCCGAACUCAACGAACGGCAUCAUCGUGCUCUCAGAUUCAUUCGCGACGUCAAUCUUCAAGCAAAGUUACCUCCGCGUGUUCAACAAGGACCCGGACGGCCAUCUCGAAAUGGGCUUCAACGCGACGUUCGACGUCCAGACUACGAAGGAACUCAAAGUCAGCGGCAUGAUCGGCCACGGCAUCUCUAGCGGCAAGAAGAGCGCGUGCGUCGGCGAGACCGAGAUCGGUAUCGGCCAGACGACAGCCUGGAAGGUCAACGUCGUGACACCGCACACCGCCGAAGCGGUCUACUUCGAGGUCGUGACGCCCGCAGGCCAGCCGCUGCAACCUGGCUCGCGUGGUCUCAUCCAAUUCGUGACGCACUACCAGCACCCGAGCGGCUCGCAGCGCCUGCGUGUCACCACCAUCGCCCGCAACUUCGCGGAGGCGGGCUCCCCGAGCAUCGCGGCAAGCUUCGACCAAGAGGCCGCGGCCGUCCUGAUGGCGCGCAUCGCCGUCUUCAAGGCCGAGAUCGACGACAGCCCGGACGUGCUGCGCUGGCUGGACCGCAUGCUCAUCCGGCUGUGCCAGAAGUUUGCGGACUACCGGAAGGAAGACCCGACGUCGUUCCGGCUGUCGGACAACUUCAGCAUCUACCCGCAGUUCAUGUUCCACCUUCGCCGGAGCCAGUUCUUGCAGGUGUUCAACAACAGUCCAGACGAGACGGCGUUCUACCGGCACGUCCUGAACGAAGAGGACGUGAACAACGCGCUGACGAUGAUCCAGCCGACGCUUAUGAGCUAUACGUUCGACACCCCUCCGCAGCCGGUCCUGCUCGACAGCGUGUCGAUCAAGCCUGACGUCAUCCUCCUCCUCGACACGUUCUUUCACAUCCUCAUCUUCCACGGCGAGACGAUCGCGCAGUGGCGCAAGGCCGGCUACCAGGACCAGGAGGGAUACGAGAACUUCAAAGAGCUGCUCGAGGCCCCCGUGCGAGACGCCCAGGAACUGCUCGUCGACCGCUCCCCGAUCCCGCGAUACAUUGUCUGCGACCAGGGCGGCAGUCAGGCGCGGUUCCUGCUCUCGAAGCUCAACCCUUCGACGACGCACAUGUCCACGGGCAUGUACGGCAACGCGGGCGGCAGUGCGGGCCAGGCGAUUUUCACGGACGACGUCAGCUUGCAGGUCUUCAUGGAGCAUUUGAAGCGAUUGGCUGUGGGUGCGCAAACGAACUGAUGAUUGGUGGAGAACGUUUUGCUGUACUGUUUUGGUAUGAUUAAAACUUGAUAGACUGCUUUGGAAGAUGCCUCCCGUCGCGAUAUUAGACUUUUGAGGACUCAGGGAUGCCGUAAGAGCCGGUCCUUCUGCCAUGUCUUGCAGGAUACCACUCCUAGUACUAGUUAUGUGCUUGUUCCGCG